AUGGCCUAUAUGGUUGGCAACAGAGGAUAAAGUAUAAAAUGGGCAACUACAGGGCAAAGUUAAGAGGUCGCCAAUUAGCCAUUCCAGAGCUCGAGGUGAACACACUGAAGAGACGAUGCUCCAGUGAAGAGGGUUCACUUAAAGGCUUUAAAAGGGCAAAAAAAGCUGAAGUCAACUAUCUGCCACCACUGCCAUUCGGUGAGACUGAGGAAACCUUAGAGAUGGAGAGACUGGAUUUGCUGAAGGAAAUGAAGAAGAACAAUGAGAGGGCAAUUAAUGAGAAAAUGGAGAAGUCUUUCGCUAUGAGAAGAAAAGAGGUUGUCAAGGAUUGCCCCGCAAUCCAAGACCUCUUAGCGAGGUGGCCUUCUCUGUUCUGUGAAAAUCAGAUCAAAGAGGAGUUUAAGCGAAUAACCACAAUUCAUCUGGAGCGAACGUUUUUGUCCAGAUUGGACGGGUACACCACCAAACUCCUGGAGAUAUUUCGAAGGAAGGGCGGGACUGCAGGAACCAAAAUAAAACCAAUGUUGGACUCACUGAAUAAGCAUCAUGUCGAUGGCAGAAGGGACAUUAUCAUUCGUUGCUUAGUUGAGUAUCUUGGAGAGAGUGGAGAGGAGCUGAUCAAAGACCAUCAGGAUGUCAGCCAAGAAGCAUUGAAAGAGGACUGCAGUAAUCACAUGAUGAAGAUCGUCGUAAUCCAUCCCAAUGUGGCACAGGAAAACCAAGAUCCUGUGAACGUGUCGGUCAUCAUUGAGGGGACAGAAAUUCUGGAGGACUGCGGAAGUGUGACAAACGCUUGCCUCCUGCUCAUGGGUGUCAUCUAUGCUGUCAACUUAAGUUACCCACUGAAACUGAAAUAUACGUUUGAGGUAUUUCAGAAGCUGUUUCUUGAGCUUGACAUCCUUAAAAUGUCAAAGGUCCAGUCUCUCCACAGGAAACUUUUAGCGUGAGUGUUCCAGUGUUAUUUGUGCUUUUGUCCAGCACAAUUAAUUGGUUUGCAUUUUGUCUGUUUUCUGACAGUAAUUUCAAGUGUUGCUCAGUUUUAUUCAAGUUC